ACUUUAUACAAAACGAUGGGAAAGCGUGGCUAUAAUUGCUUACGAAAUGUUUUUCAACACAUCCCGUCAAUACAAACAUUACAGUUGGUACUUCAAAAGAUUCCUUUAGCUCCUGGAUUAAACUCUUUGAUUUUGCGACAUUUGCAAAAUAUAUCCAAAAAAAUGACAAUUAAGGAUAAAGUUUGUAUCUUAAUAUGGGACGAAGUAUCUAUACAAUCUAAUGUCAUGUACGAUGUGCGAAGGGAUAUUAUAUAUGGCUAUGAAGAUUGGGGCAACAAUCGCACAAGCAAAGUCGCAGAUCAUGCUUUUCUAUUUAUGUUGCGUGGAUUAAAUACGGGGUGGAAAAUGCCAAUAUCCUACAACUUUUGCUCGAAAACGACAAAUACAGCCCAACUAAUUAGAUGUAUCAAAGAACACGUACAUAAAAUAAGCAAAGCAGGUUUCCACAUAAUUGCAACAGUCUGUGACCAAGGAGCUACAAAUACAGCCGCUAUUAAACACUUAUUAUUACAAACAGAUAUGAAACGGAAUUUAGAAAAAAGAACACAAGCUCAAACUUUUGAAGUUGGAAAUGUAGAGAUUGUUCCUUUAUACGAUCCUCCUCAUCUUAUUAAAGGAAUAAGAAACAAUUUCUUAACCAAAGAUCUAGCGAUUAGCUGCAACAGUUUUCAACGUGUAGCAUCGUGGGAUAUCGUGAAGACAGCAUGGAUAAUAGAUAAGAAGAUAAAUAUAAUACGUCCACAGUUAAAAAAAAUAACGCAAGAACAUAUUAUUGAGGACAAAAUUAAAAAAAUGCGUGUUAAGUAUGCAACGCAAGUGCUGAGUGGAACGGUUGCGAGCUGCAUUGAGACACUUACAAGAUCAAGAUGUGCCGUGCAGAUUGAUAAUAAUGAGGUAAAAAUUGAUAUGGAAGAAGGAAUCGCAACAGCAGAGGUAGUGAAUUUUUUUAAUGAUUUAUUUGACUCCGUGAACAGUAGUGAGGUAAAAGACAACGAUUUGCGAUCUCCAGUGGUAGAGGACAGUGUACAUCAUGUGUUUUGGACGAAUGCAAAAGGUAUGCUCAGAAAUUUGUCUUACGUUGACAAAGUAACACGCGAACUUAUAAAAUCAGUGCCUAGUUUAAAAAAUUAGUUAUUAACUAUAGACGGUUUCGAAAAAAUUUGGAAAAUAAUUCAUUCUAAGUACGAAUUUACAUCUUUUAAAACGCGUUAUUGUAAUCAGGAUCCAAUUGAGAACUUUUUCGGUCAAAUUAGAAGUCAUGCGGUUCGUAAUACAAAUCCAACACCUAAACAAUUUGAAGAUUCUUUCAUUACACUUCUAGUGAGUAACAUGAAAUCGGUAUCUAUUGUUGGCGGUAAUUGUGAAGCUAGCCAAGAUUCCUUUAUGUUAUUUUCCCUGGAAGAGUAUUUGGAAGAUAAUCUUUCAAAUGUUGAAGUUAGUGAUGAUAACGAACCACAUGAAAUGUUUACUACUGUUGUUGUUAGCGAAGAAUCAAGUACGGAAUUUUUACCAAAUUAUUUAGAUGAAGUUAUUACCGUCAUUGUCAAAGAACUUAAUUAUUGUGAAGAAUGUAAUGAUAGUUUAAAAAGUAAUGAAUUUUCAGUAUUUGCAAAACAAAUAGUAAGAAGGAUUAUUAAAUUGUUAGACACGCGAUCUCAUCGUCGUAAUAUUUUAAAAGUAUUAUUAGAGCAUUUUGAAACUUGGAAUGUAGAUACAAAUUGGCAUAUGUGUAUAGAGCAUCAUUAUAAUAUAUUUAAAGUCACAGUACGCGUAAUUUCAAUUAAAACAUUAAUAUGGUGAUGUAAAAAAAAAAUUCAUUGAUAUCAAACAACGAUUUGGAUUCUGAAUUACAUGUCAAGGGUAUUAUGGAAAUAAGGAAAGCGCGCGAAAUAUAUAAGUAUAAAAAAAAA